UGAGUUUAAUUUUAUUUUGGACAGGCACCCAAAAAAUCAGAUUUUCUGUUACCUAAAUAUGUGCCUUGGGGAGGAAAAUAGUCAUUUGACAUCUGAAAGUAAAUGUGGAGAAUUCGUAAAACCUACUGAAUCACCACAGGAUUAUGGGAAAAAAUAUUGAAUAAUUUAGACUGAAAGACUAGUUUCCCAAACCUCUUGUCCAUUUUAGGACAAUUUGUUCAAAACUGGAAUUAUGUCUUUUGAUACAGUUGGCAUUUAAAUGUCUGGUCAGAGAGAACUUUGAAGCAAUUUUUAAAUUCCCAUUGAUUUACAGAGAGUUUUCUCCUGCUACCUUCAAAUGAUUUCCUUUUUUUAACAAGUCUCACUUUAAAUAUUUUGGAUAGUAAACUUAGUUUCUGCCUUAGCCAAUGUUUCUCGUUGUGCAUCGAACUGGACACCUUUUCACCUCGUUCACGAUGCCUUUUAAAUACCUACUGCAGCUUUUCGUCGGGGGGUCUACCUGUCCCCACUCCCUCCAAGGACCCUCGCUGGUAUCUGUGGAGGUUUCCAGAGCCCUUGGUUUUUCCCUUGUGAAAGAUCCUGCCUCGCGUUGGUUACCUGUCCCCCGGCCUAACCCGCUGCCCUGCGGUGUAUCAGAGGGAAAAGGGCAGGAAUAAAACCUAGAAAAGUUUGAGACAGUUUCUUUCAAUACUUCACGCACACCUGUGAAAAAACAGGGUAGAGCCUAUUUGUGGCAGCCGUUCAAAAGCAGAGAAACAAAAAAAGACUUUGGUAGAAAACCAACUUUAAAUAUUGCAGGCAGCAGCUUUGUUUGGUGUUUGAAUCCCAUGCUGGUGGAUGCUAAUUCCGUAACAUUAUACACUUGCCUUUUUUUGGGUACAAAGGUAGAAGGGGGGUUUUCUUCUGUGUUUUUCAGUGCAAAGUGAUUCCGAUCAGAAAGGACCAAGGUUUCAGCUCCAAGUAACUGACAUUUCCAUCUGAAUCUACUCUCUUUUUUUUUUUUUUUAAGGGGGGAGAAAAAGGUCUAGUUUUUCAGGAAAAGAACCUCUCUACGCAAUCCUGAAACUGAUCUUUAGAUUUACUUUUCCUUAAUCAAUAGAAGAAAAACUUGAUUGCAACUCAACACUUACGUGACUCUAGCGCAGGACUAACUGAAUUUUUGGUUUUGAGAGUAGGGGAUUCAGACAUCAUUUCAGGAAUCAGAAAUAAUUGGCAGCAAGUGGGGGAGAACUGACAUGAAUUCUUGUUUUACCUAAUUUUUCCUGGUUUACCAAGAUUUGGCUUAAUAUUUCCGACUCCAUUCCUCCAGUCUCUGCAGAACAGGAUGAAUUAUUCAUCAUUACUUAGAAUUUGGGUCUCUUUCAUCUUCGCACUUGUACGGCACCAAGUUCAGCCCAGGGAGCUCAUGUAUCCAUUUUGGCAGAAUGACACCAAAACCCCUAAAGUAGACGACGGAAGCUCAUCUGAGAUUAAGCUGGCCAUCCCCAUCUACUUCUUUGGCGUUCCUUACCGCACCAUCUAUGUCAAUAACAACGGAGUUGUUUCAUUCAACGUGCUGGUGAGCCAGUUCACGCCCGAAUCUUUUCCCCUGACGGAUGGGAGGGCCUUCAUUGCUCCAUUUUGGGCAGAUGUACACAAUGGGAUUCGAGGCGAGAUCUAUUACAGAGAGACCACGGACCCUGUCAUCUUGAAAAGAGCCACCAAGGACAUCAGGAAGUACUUCAAAGACAUGGCAACCUUCUCUGCCACUUGGGUUUUCAUUGUGACCUGGGACGAAGUAACGUUUUAUGGAGGAAGCAGCACCACACCUGUGAACACCUUCCAGGCCGUCCUGGUGUCUGACGGCACCUAUACCUUCACGCUCUUCAAUUAUUACGAAAUCAACUGGACCACUGGGACGGCGAGCGGCGGUGAUCCCCUAACGGGUCUUGGGGGAGUGAUGGCCCAGGCAGGAUUUAAUGGUGGAAACAUCACCAAUUACUUCAGCCUUCCGGGGUCAAGAACCCCUGAUAUUGUGAAUAUCCAAGAGACCACAAACGUCAAUGUUCCAGGUCGCUGGGCAUUUAAAGUUGAUGGGAAGGAAAUUGACCCAGCCAAUGGCUGCACCUCCAGAGGACAGUUCCUUCGGCGAGGGGAGGUGUUCUGGGAUGACCUGAACUGCACCAUCAAGUGCCGCUGUCUGGAUUUCAACAACGAGAUCUACUGCCAGGAGGUCUCCUGCAGCCCCUACGAGGUGUGCGAACCCAAAGGCAAAUUCUUCUACUGCAGCCCGGUGGAGACCAGCACGUGCGUGGUAUUUGGGGAGCCGCACUAUCACACGUUCGAUGGCUUCCUCUUCCACUUCCAAGGCUCCUGUGCCUACCUGUUGGCCCGACAGUGUUUGCAUACUUCCAGCCUCCCCUUCUUCAGCGUGGAGGCAAAGAACGAGCACCGGGGGGGCUCAGCCGUCUCCUGGGUGAAGGAGCUCUCGGUGGAGGUGAAUGGCUACAAGAUUCUCAUCCCCAAAGGAAGCUAUGGAAAAGUCAAGGUUAAUGACCUAGUGGCUUCUUUGCCCGUCACCUUAGACUUGGGGGCGGUGAAAGUCUACCAGAGUGGCAUGUCUACUGCCGUGGAAACGGAUUUUGGGCUCUUAGUGACGUUUGACGGCCAGCACUACGCCUCCAUCUCCGUCCCAGGCUCCUACAUCAACUCCACUUGCGGGCUUUGUGGGAACUACAACAAAAACCCUCUGGAUGACUUCCUGCGCCCGGACGGCAGGCCAGCCAUGUCAAUCCUAGACCUGGGAGAGAGCUGGCGGGUCUACCACGCUGACUGGAAGUGUGACUCGGGCUGCGUGGAUAAUUGCACCCAGUGUGACACGGCCACCGAAGCCCUCUACUUUGGCCCCGACUACUGCGGCUUCCUCAACAAGACCGACGGCCCCCUGUGGGAGUGUGGCACUGUCGUGGACCCCAUGGCCUUCGUGCACAGCUGCGUGUAUGACCUGUGCAGCGUGAGGGACAACGGGACACUCCUGUGUCAGGCCAUCCAGGCCUACGCCCUCGUGUGCCAAGCCCAGGGCAUUCCGAUCGGAGACUGGCGAAUCCAGACUGGGUGUGUGUCCAUGGUGCAGUGCCCGAGCUUCAGCCACUACUCCGUGUGCACCAGCAGCUGCCCGGACACGUGCUCAGAUCUGACGGCCUCCCACACCUGCGCCAUGCCCUGCACGGAGGGCUGCGAGUGCAACGAAGGCUUUGUCCUCAGCACCAGCCAGUGCGUCCCGCUGCACAAGUGCGGCUGUGACUUCGACGGCCACUACUACGCCAUGGGCGAGUUCUUCUGGGCCACGGCCAACUGCACGGUGCAGUGCCUGUGCGAGGAGGGCGGCGACGUGUACUGCUUCAACAAGACGUGCCGUGGCGAGGAGGUGUGCACAGUGGAGAACGGCUACCAGGGUUGCUUCCCCAAGCGGGAGACCUUGUGCCUGCUCAGCCAGAACCAGGUGCUGCACACCUUCGACGGCGCCGCCUACCCCUUCCCCGUCGAGUUCUCCUACACGCUCCUCAAGACCUGCCCUGAGCGGCCAGAGUACUUGGAAAUCGACAUCAACAAGAAGAAGCCGGAAGCAGGGCCUGCUUGGCUGCGGGGUCUCCGGAUCCUGGUGGCCGACCAGGAGGUCAAGAUAGAAGGCAUCGGGGCUUCAGAGGUCAAGGUGAACAGUCAGGAAGUGGAACUGCCUUUUUUCCAUCCUUCGGGGAAGCUGGAAAUUUAUCGAAACAAAAACAGCACAACCGUCGAGUCCAAGGGUGUCGUGACCGUGCAAUACUCAGACGUGGGUCUGCUGUACAUCCGGCUCUCCACCGCCUACUUCAACUGCACGGGGGGCUUGUGUGGCUUCUUCAACGCGAACGUCAGCGAGGAGUUCUGUCUCCCCAAUGGCAAGUGCACGGACAACCUGGCGGUGUUCCUGGAAAGCUGGACCACUUUCGAGGAGAUCUGCAAUGGGGAGUGUGGGGACCUGCUGAAGGCCUGUGGCAACGACUCAGAGCUGCUGAAAUUUUACCGCAGCCGUUCCAUGUGCGGCAUCAUCAACGACCCCUCCAACAGCUCCUUCCUGGAGUGUCACGGCGUGGUCAACGUCACCGCCUACUACCGCACCUGCCUCUUCCGCCUGUGCCAGAGCGGGGGCAACGAGUCCGAGCUCUGUGACUCUGUGGCCCGGUACGCGAGCGCCUGCAAGAACGCCGACGUGGAGGUGCAGCCCUGGAGGACCCACGACUUCUGCCCUCUGGAAUGCCCGGAGAACAGCCAUUUCGAGGAGUGCAUGAUGUGUACAGAGACCUGUGAGACCCUGGCACUGGGCCCCAUCUGUGUGGACAGCUGCUCCGAGGGGUGUCAGUGUGACGAGGGCUAUGCCCUGCAAGGCAGCCAGUGCGUCCCCCGGAGCGAGUGUGGCUGCAACUUUGAGGGACACCAACUUGCCACCAAUGAGACCUUCUGGGUGGACCUGGACUGCCAGAUCUUCUGCUACUGCAAUGGCACAGACAACAGCGUCCACUGUGAAAACAUCCCCUGCAAGGGUGACGAGUACUGCAUGGAGGAGGGCGGCCUCUACUACUGCCAGGCCCGCACCGACGCCUCCUGCAUCGUCUCGGGCUACGGCCACUACCUGACCUUUGACGGCUACCCUUUUGACUUCCAGACCAGCUGCCCGCUCAUCCUGUGCACCACAGGAAGCAGGCCGAGCUCAGACACGUUCCCCAAGUUCGUCGUCACAGCCAAGAACGAGGACCGGGAACCGUCGCUGGCCUUGUGGGUCAAGCAGGUGGACGUGACCGUGUUGGGCUACAGCAUCGUGAUUCACAGGGCCUACAAGCACACGGUGCUGGUCAACAAUGAACGGCUCUAUCUGCCCCUGAAGUUGGGACAAGGGAAGAUAAACAUCUUUUCCUUUGGCUUCCAUGUCGUGGUGGAAACUGACUUUGGCCUGAAGGUUGUGUAUGAUUGGAAGACCUUCCUGUCCAUCACGGUCCCUCGGGGCAUGCAGAACAUCACCUACGGCCUGUGUGGCCGCUAUAACGGCAACCCCGAAGAUGACCUGGAGAUGCCCAUGGGUCUGCUGGCCUCCAGCGUCAAUGAGUUUGGACAGAGCUGGGUGAAGAGGGACACCUUCUGCCAGGUUGGCUGUGGCGACCGCUGCCCUUCCUGUGCCAAAGUGGAAGGUUUCUCCAAAGUGCAGCAGCUCUGCAGCCUGAUCCCCAACCAGAACGCAGGCUUCACCAAGUGUCACAGCAAGGUCAACCCCGCUUUCUUCUACAAGAACUGCCUGUUUGACUCUUGCAUCGAUGGCGGCGCCGUGCAGACCGCCUGCAGCUGGCUGCAGAACUACGCCAGCACGUGCCAGACACAGGGGAUCGCAGUGACCGGCUGGAGGAACUACACGUCCUGCUCCGUCACCUGCCCUCCCAACAGCCACUACGAGAGCUGCGUGAGCGUGUGCCAGCCCCGCUGCGCCGCGAUCCGCCUGAAGAGCGACUGCAACCACUACUGCGUGGAGGGCUGCCAGUGCGACGCCGGCUACGUCCUCAACGGCAAAAGCUGCAUCCUGCCCCACAACUGCGGCUGCUACUCUGACGGCAAGUACUACGAGCCCAAGCAGCUGUUCUGGAACAGUGACUGCACGCGGCGCUGCCGCUGUUUCCGGCGCAACCUGAUCCAGUGCGACCCGCGCCAGUGCAAGUCAGACGAAGAGUGCGCGCUGCGCAACGGGGUGCGCGGCUGCUUCAGCACCAAGACCUCCUACUGCCUGGCGGCCGGCGGCGGCGUCUUCCGCACCUUCGACGGCGCCUUCCUCCGCUUCCCAGCCAACUGCGCCUUCGUGCUCUCCACCAUCUGCCAGAAGCUCCCCGACAUCUCCUUCCAGCUCAUCAUCAACUUCGACAAGUGGUCGUCCCCCAAUCUCACCAUCAUUUCGCCCGUCUAUUUCUACAUUAACGAAGAGCAGAUUCUCAUCAACGACCGGCACACUGUCAAGGUGAAUGGCACACAAGUGAAUGUUCCAUUUAUAACCGGGUUGGCAACCAAAAUCUACAGCAGCGAGGGGUUCCUGGUGAUCGACACCAGCCCUGACAUCCAGAUACACUACAAUGGUUUCAACGUAAUAAAAAUCAGCAUCAGUGAGAGGCUGCAGAACAAAGUGUGUGGCCUUUGUGGCAACUUCAACGGGGACUUAACCGAUGAUUACGUGACCCUGCGGGGGAGGCCUGUGGUGAGCAGCGUGGUGCUGGCCCAGAGCUGGAAAACCAACGGUAUGCAGAAGAGCUGCAAUGAGCUGCAGUUCUCCCAGUACGCGGCCAUGUGUGACAACGUGCACAUCCAGAAGAUGCAGGGCGACGGCUACUGCCUGAAGCUCACGGACAUGAAGGGCUUCUUCCAGCCCUGCUACGGGCUGCUCGACCCCCUUCCCUUCUACGAGUCCUGCUACCUGGACGGCUGCUACAACCACAAGAAGUACCAGCUGUGCGGCUCCCUGGCUGCCUAUGGGGAGUCUUGCCGCUCCUUCGGGAUCCUCAGCACCGAGUGGAUUGAGAAAGAGAAUUGCUCAGGAGUGGUUGAAGAUCCCUGUCUGGGAGCAGACUGUCCCAAUCGAACCUGUGAGCUGGAAAACGGAGGGGAGCUGUGUGGCUGCAUGGAGCCCCCUCCCUACGGAAACAACUCCCACGACAUCAUUGAUGCAGAGGUGACCUGCAAGGCUGCCCAGAUGGAAGUGUCCAUAUCUAAGUGCAAACUCUUCCAGCUCGGCUUCGAGAGGGAGGGUGUGCGGAUCAAUGACAGGCAGUGCACUGGCAUUGAGGGAGAGGACUUUAUCUCCUUUCAGAUCAACAACACCAAAGGGAACUGUGGAAACAUUGUGCAGUCCAAUGCCACUCAUAUCAUGUAUAAAAACACCAUUUGGAUAGAAAGUGCCAACAAUACUGGCAACAUCAUCACCAGGGACAGGACGAUCAGUGUGGAAUUUUCAUGUGCUUAUGAGCUGGAUAUCAAGAUCUCCUUGGACUCUGUCGUGAAGCCUAUGCUAAGCGUCAUUAACCUGACAGUUCCAACCCAAGAAGGCAGCUUCACCACCAAGAUGGCGCUCUACAAAAAUGCCUCCUACAAACAUCCAUACCGCCAGGGCGAAGUGGUGCUGACAACUCGAGAUGUGCUGUAUGUAGGGGUCUUUGUGGUUGGAGCCGAUUCCACGCAUCUGAUUCUGACGCUGAACAAAUGCUACGCCACCCCCUCCCGCGACAGCAAUGACAAGCUCCGAUACUUCAUCAUUGAAGAAGGGUGUCAGAACAUUAAAGACAACACCAUUGGCAUCGAGGAAAACGGUGUCUCCCUCACCUGUCGCUUCCACGUCACCGUCUUUAAGUUCAUUGGGGAUUACGAUGAAGUCCAUCUUCACUGCGCAGUGUCCCUCUGUGAUUCAGAAAAGUACUCCUGUAAAAUAACUUGCCCUCAAAAUUCCAGGAUUGCCACAGAUUACACCAAGGAACCUAAAGAACAGAUCAUUUCAGUGGGACCUAUUAGGAGAAAAAGGCUGGACUGGUGUGAGGACAACGGAGGGUGUGAGCAGAUCUGCACGAGCCGGGUGGACGGGCCUCUGUGCAGCUGCGUGACGGGGACCCUGCAGGAGGACGGCAAGAGCUGCAGAGCCUCUAAUUCUUCCAUUGAACUUCAAGUUUGGACGCUGCUUCUCAUCAUGACCCAGAUUUCAUUAUGGCAUUUUGUCUAUACAUCAGGCAUGACCUCAUAAUUAACUCAAGGUUGCUAUAUAAAGUACUGUAAUUUACUUACUUCAACUCCCUGUAGGAUAAAAGGUGUGUGCCCUUAAGUCAAAACCUAUUUGAGAUUGCCCACUGUCUCAAAGUGAUGCCACCUGCCCCAAACGGUCAGGGUUCCAGAAAAGAGGGAAAUGCCAUGCUCCUCUUUCAAGGUAUGCAACUGGGCUUCUAAAAGCCAGUUGUGGAAAACAUAUAUCUUGCCUAAAAUUUCCAAUUAGUUGUCACUAGAAACGUUGGUUCGCAUGAAAAACCGGUAAAGGAAAAAAUUCUGGUUAGACAAGUCUGUCGGAAAUCUGACCAGAGAAAUCUAUCCCACCAGCGCUGUUUUUGUAUCAUAGUUUUUAUAGAGAAAGGGCCUGUUGGAACGAUAUCGAAUAUUGAGAAGCGGUGAUUGGAAGGUUUGACUCCCCCUAAGGAAUCUCUCCAAUGUUUGGAAGCAUCUGACCUCGAUGCGCCUGUGUUGCUCCCCUCCCCACACCCGCCGCUGUGUCCUCCAGCCCUGCCGGGCCACGUGGCCACCGCAUGUAUUGUUUGCAGACCUGGGGAACCCCAACACCCCAUCCGUCUCUUCAGACCCAAACUCUUCUCUCUCACAAAUCAACCAAAUCAUUUUUAACGUGUUUUAUGCUUAAAUAAACUUUGUGUUCAAUUAUUCUCAUUA